AUGAUUUUAUCUAUAAACGCGUACAAUUCCACGUGGUAGUGACUACGUAAGGUUUCAUCGAAACAAUCGCCACUCUAAACGGAUUUAAGCCAACUGCUCUUUAAGGUCAAGAGUCGCCUAGUCAGACAGUAUUCGACAUUAGCAAGUGUCGCACGAAUGAUGGAUUUUACCCACAAACGCGUACGGCAAAUACUCUCCUCGAUCCUCAAGCUUGAUGACGAAGAUAUAGAGUUGGACGAAGAAGUUGUAUCAGAUGAAGAUUAGUGCGAAACGUUCUUAAAUAAACUUACGCGUACCUGAUAUUAAACUUCCGGUUAAAUAUCUUUGAAUGAUUCUUGAGUUCAAAUAUCACAUUGGAAAUAUAUUAUUUGAAUAAAACUGUUUGCAAGAUUAAAAGUUUUCAUUCGCGAAAAUGAAUUUUUUACGAAGAUCGUUUUCCAGUAAUGACAUCAGUACGAAAAAUUUUAAUGUUAUUGAAAGUUUGUUGGAUGGAAGUAGUUCCAAAUUGAAAGCUUCAAAAACAAUAAAUUUUCAAAUAGAUGAAAAUAUUAAAUCAACUCACAACGUACAUAAUAGCGAUUCUAACCCAACCAAGGAACCUGUUGAUUAUUAUCCAAAUCUUGAUGCAUCAGUUUGGAUGCGAUCAUGUGAACAUGAAGUAAUAACUCCAAUUACUGGCAUAAUUUCUGGAUAUGUUCCUGAUUGGUUAAAAGGUUCACUUUUGCGAAAUGGACCUGGCAGUCUGAAAGUUGGUGAUUACAGAUUCAAUCAUUUAUUUGAUAGUUCAGCCUUAUUACACAGAUUUGAAAUCAAUAAUGGUAAAGUAACUUAUCAAAAUCGUUUUGUCCAAACUGAUGUGUACAAAAUGAAUCAUGCCGCAAAAAGAAUUGUUGUUACGGAAUUUGGAACAAAAUCAGUACCAGAUCCUUGUCAAAGCAUGUUCAACAGGAUAGCGUCUGUUUUCAGGCCGGCUUCAUCGGAUAAUUCAAUGAUAUCCGUUUAUCCAUUUGGUGACGAAUACUACACGUUCACUGAAUCCCCUGUUAUACACCGUAUUGAUCCAAUAUCAUUAGAAACCUUAGAUAAAGUAAACGUUGCAGAUUACAUUAAUAUCGUAAGUCAUACGUCGCACCCACAUGUUCUAAACGAUGGCACCGUUUACAAUUUAGGUAUGAGCAUAACUAAGAUAGGUCCAGCUUAUAGUAUAAUUGAAUUUUCACCGAGUAGUUUUACACAAGAAAAUAAUGCAAAAAAAAUGAAACUGUCUAUGUUUGAACAAGCAAAGAUUCUUUCAACAAUACCAGCUCGAUGGAUUUUCAAUCCAUCUUAUAUGCACACUUUCGGAAUCACUGAAAAUUAUUUCAUCAUAGUAGAGCAGCCAUUAUCAUUAGCAAUACCUAAAUUAUUAACAAAUCGAUUAAAAAAUGAACCAAUGAGUGCCUCUUUCAAGUUCCAUGAAAAGGAAAAAACACAUAUUCAUCUUGUUUCUCGUGAAUCUGGAAAACUUGUACAAACCUUUAUAGCCGAGAAAUUUUUUUAUUUACACAUAAUUAAUCAAUAUGAAACACGUGAUGGAAACUAUUUAGUAUUGGAUAUAUGUUGUUACCGUGAUGCCAAAAUGUUAGAUUGCAUGUACGUCGAUAUGAUGAAGAAUGUACAUCAAAAUCCAGAUUACUCCAAACUUUUCCGAGGUCGACCUCUCAGAUUUGUUAUGCCUCUAAAAAUGCCAGAAGCUAAUACACCUCUCGAUCUCAAUUUGAUAAGAAUGGAGAACGUUUAUCACAGAUCAAAGACAUGUAAAAGUCGAAUCAAUAGUACAAAAAUUACGAAAAAAAAUAUAACGGAAGAGCAUAAUAGUAAAAAUAGGAGCAAUAUAAAAUUAAAUAAUCCACUUCAAAAGAAAGCCCAAGCUUUUAGAUUGUCAAAUGGUAGCAUUUUUAUUAAGCCUGAAUUACUCUGCGAUUUAGGUUGCGAGACUCCUAGAAUUAAUACUGAAUCAUAUCUUGGUAAAGAAUAUCGAUAUUUUUAUGCCAUGUCUAGUGAUGUCGACAUUGAAUAUCCUGGAACAAUUAUUAAAGUAGACACAAAAACCAAAACAAAACAAGUUUGGUACGAAAAAAACAUCUAUCCUAGUGAGCCAGUAUUUGUAGCUGACCCAAAGGGAACGUGCACUUGUCUGGGGUCAAGAACGAGAAACGGAAGUUGGACUUUUAAUUUUAGAUGCUAAGACUUUUGAAGAAUUAGCCCGAGUUACAUUUCAAACGCCUAGUCCAGUACCAAAAUGUUUGCAUGGAUGGUUUAGCAAUGCUGUCUCAUAAAUUAUAUUGGCUUAAAAAACAGUCUUCACCAAAUAUAAAAGAUUUUUUUGUUUAGUUCAAGUAUACUUACUGUGGUACGCAUGAAUAAGUAUAUUAAUAAGGACAUCGAUAUUAAAGGUGAUUGAUUUAUUUUUGUACAUUUUAUACAUGGUGAUUUGUAAAAUAUACUAUUAUAUAUAUUAUACUCUAAUGUUAGGAUAAAUUUAUUAUUAUAUUUUCAAAGGUUCAAGGUUCAUGCACAUAAAGCUGUUGAUCAUGAAGGAAGGUCGUCUAAAAAUUUUAUUAUAAAUGGUAAUAUUUUUAAUACAUCAUGCAUAAUGCUUUCAUGAUCAAUACCCCUCCUUGUCAUGAAAAUAUUGACCAUGUAUAAAAAUGUUAUUUAAUAAACUGUCUUGCUGUUAGCUACUGUGAGUAAUUAUGAGUAACACCGUACUGUAAGUAAUAAAGUGAGAGAUGCCAAUAACAGAAAAUAAGAAACAACAACUAUAUAGAACAGAAAGAAAAAGGAAUGAUCAUAAAGUGCCGUUGAUUAAAUAAAGAUUUGAUUGAUUUGUACAUUGCAUUCAAAAUUU